GCCGUAUUAUACGUGUUAACACAGGGAAUGCAGUAUUAUACGUGUUAUUACAUAUUGAUAUAUCUUCAAAGAAUGUGACGUAUUUGCGCUUCUUGGGAUAGAUGGGACUACAGCAGGAGGGUGUGUAGAGGGAUGAUGUGGAUAAAAUGGAUACUGCUUAUCACCGCUUCUCUAUGCACACUCGGUAUUAGACAGCCAUAUCGACCUGUUAAUGAGAACACCACGUGUUUGGAAAUUAAAAAGGAGUCGCGCCUGAGUUGUAAUAAUAAAGAUCAAUUCUAUCACUGCCUUCUUGAUGAAAAUUACAUCAAGGAGUUUGAAGUCUGCAGAGACUGGAAGUGGAUCCCAGGGGGCAAAUGUGCAUAUCUGAACUCUUAUGGAGUUGGUAAUAUUGAUGAGAGAGAUUGUACAUCAUCGUCAGCUCUCCAAUGUGCAACAGACCAGUACCGAUCAGAUCUGAAUACACGAUAUAAUGCUUGCUAUGUGAAGAAAAGAAUCGGAAUCACAACCCCAAUCAUCACAGUAACUGUAAGACGAAGAGAUAGCGGGACAUCAGGUGUACAGUACACAUCAGCCACAAUACCACCAGAAUCGGCGCCGCCAGAAUCGCGGUUCGACGGCAGGUCAGUGUUACUAUUUAUCAGUACCACAAAUACUACGUACGACUAUGAAUAUCUUAUCUUCAAAAUAUCGUGUUCUCAACAAUUUACAUGAAUAUGAUGUUCAAACUAAAGUAUGGUUUUAUACUCAUCUAUAGACAGAUAAAAAAUGGAUUGCAAACCUGUGGAAGCCUCCAAAAUAGAUAUAAAUCCUUAUUUGGCUUUUAUAAAAUUUGCGAUUCGAAUUUUUUUUUAAUUCAAAGGCUAGUGAAGAGUAAAAUGAGUAUCAAACAAUUUUCACUUUGUUGCAACAAAUCUGUUCUACCAUGGCUCCAUAAGAAAAUGGUAAAAAAAAUGAAUGGCUAAUAUUUUGCUACAGUUGGUCACUUUAUUGCAACCAUGACUCCCCGGGCCAAGAAAAGGG